AUGGGGGUGGCUGCGGCUGUCUUCUCCGCGGAGGAGGAGGCGAGCGAGCGAGGGAGGCAGGGAGAAAGUCUCCACGUGGGGCUGCCUGGUGAGGACGGAAGCCGGGCUUGCCUCGGGGAAGCCAGCGGCCCCAGUAAACGCCAGGCAGCACCGCCAUCGCACAGAUCAUCUCCGUGCGCUGCCUCCCUGGGCCAGGAGCUGCUGCAGCUGAUGGGAAGCAGCCGCCGGCUGACCCGGCCCAUGCUCCACCUGCUGCUGGUGCCCCACCUGACGGAGCUGAGCCUGCGCACCUGUCCCCACCUGGUCAGCACCGCCAUCGCACAGAUCAUCUCCGUGCGCUGCAAGAGCCUGUCCUCCCUGGAUCUCCACGGCUGCAGCCGGAUCCCCUCGGCCAUCCUGGUGGACCUGCUGGAAGGCCUGCCGAGCCUCACCAAGCUGAGCCUGUCCGAAACGCAGAGCGACACCCGGGUCCUGUCGGCCGUGGGCAGCACCUGCAGGCGCCUCCGCGAGCUGGCCGUCUCGAACUGCAAGCGGCUCUCCGCGGCCUCCCUCCUCCACCUGGCCUACGAUCCCUGCGCAGGGUCCUUCUGCUGCCCGAGGCUGCAGGCGCUCUGGGCGGAAGGGCUGGAGCCUCCCACGGGCAGCCAGGUCUUGGUCCGGGCUCUCGCCUUCCUGCUGCUGGCUCUGCCCGGCCUGAGGUCCUUGGGCCAUCGCCUGGCCUCCGAGGCGGUUGCUCUGAUCCACGCCCAGCAGUUUGACGGGGCUCAGCUUGCCCCGGGGUUUCCCUCCCUGGAGGAGCUGGUGGGGGGCAGGGGGCCCGCCCACGUAGCCCAGGAGCCCUGCAGGGCCACGCUGCCCCUCAAGUGCCUGGCCGAGGUGAGGGAGCCCCUCUUGCCUGCUGUCGCUGCCACGUGUCCAGACUUGGAGGAGGUGGUGGUGGUGCUCCUGGACGACAGCCCCAGGUUGGGUCACGGAUUCCGGUCGUGGAAGACCCUCACCCGCCUGACUCUGGAUUGCGAGGAAAACACUAGCCUGGGGGAGCUCGUGCGGGAGAUGGCGGGCCUUGGGGCGCAGCUCCACUCCCUCUCACUGGGCGGCUUCUCCUUGGAAGAGGAGGCGACCUUCCACGCGCUGCUGAGCUGCUGCCCGGCUCUCCGGACAUUCAGCGCUUCCCUCACGCCUCCAGUGGCCUGGGGGGCCGAGGGGCGGCAGCCAGCUGGUGAGGCCUUGCAGGGGGCUGCCAGCCUCAGGCCUCUGGAACUCCCCCAGCUACGGGCUUUCAGCCUGCUCCUCGCCCCCUGUGACUCCUCCUCGCCUCCCCCCAAGGCCGUGGUGAUGCAGGCGAGCCUCGUGUCCCUGCUGCGGGGCUCCCCCCGCCUGGAAACCUUGGCCGUGGUCUGCCUGCCAUUCUCCUUGGACGAGGUCUUUGCGGGGGUGCUGGAGCCCCCGGGGGCAGCCCUGAGGCACCUGCAGAGGCUCUCGCUGUCCCAGAGCGACAUCUCUCCCAGCACCAUCCACCGGCUGCUGGCUUCAGACAACCAGCUGAGCCAUAUCGGCCUGGAGGGCUGCCCGGGCAUCCACCGCCGGCACCACUCAGAGUUGCUCCGGGUGGUCAGUCAGCAGGGCCUGGACGUGGACAUCACCUGGGACUGAGAAGGCCGCCUGCCUGACCUGUCUCACCUCUGGGCGGAGGGGCAACUCCACUCUUUGGGCCCGGGCCCAGGUUGCUGCAGGUGGUUUCUCUUGAGGACCAAAUGUGGGGCUCAAACUACCACAGUGGAAUGAAGAAGAAAAAACUGGAUUUAUUCCCCAUGCCCUUCGCUCGGAGCCUCAGAGCAGCUGACAAACUCCUUUCC